AUGGCUAUACCUGAUGGUCGAGGGAACACGUACAACGAUCGUCAGCUGACGCUGCAACACGACACAUUCUUUGACGUCAUCGUCCCAGCAGGUCUCAGGGAGCCAUUUUUGCCGUCCAAUCCCUACUUCCCAACCCUGGUCUCUGUCCCAACUCUUAUUUCAUCUUAUUCGAAGAUCGAUACGACGCUAAAGGAAUCCCUGCAUGAAGUUACAUUCGGCGACGGCCUUCUUCGACUGUCAUGUCUUUGGCCACUCGAUCAUCUUUUCUCGACUGUUUCCACUACCUCAAGUACCUCGACUACAAAUACCGCAGAGCCUACGGCAUCCCACACCCCUGAACCCUCUCCGCAGUUAUCCAGUACGAAUACCGGGGCCAUUGCAGGCGGUGUUGUUGGUGGGGUAGCCGGAGCAGCCAUUCUCGCUGCCUUGGUUUGGUUUCUCGCACGCCGCAGCAAAGUGGAGAACGUGGUGUCUCCGACAGGUGUCCCAGGCGCUUCGGGUAUGCGGACAGUUGACCAUACAUCCAAGUCCCGGGGCACGCAGGUCAGGAACUUGACGCUGCACCACCAGUCUAUGAACUACCUGACGGUUCCAGAGACCGACAAUAAUAGAUGCUUUCUGGAGUAUCUACUCCCUCUCUCCUUUGAAAUACCCACAGAAGCGUUAAUUGACCUAGCAUGUGCGACCCUUGUACCUACAUCCCUCUUUGUAUUUUAG